AUGGUUUCAGUCCGACCCUACCACCUCUACAUCGAGCGCAAGUGGCAUAAAUUCUUCGCGAUGGGCAACGAACAAUCGGAUCGAAUGAAGUCACGGAGGAGUCUCGACGCGAAUUUCUUACGACAGGUGAACUCAUCUAAUUCGACGCCACGCGUUUCGUCAACGACUCCACGGCUUCUCCAUAAAUUCUCCGAGUCAGCGCUACCGGUUUCAUCACCCUGCUCCGCAAAGCGAUUGAGUUCAGACGGUCAAGACGUGAAGUAUCCCAGGCCGAAGCUCUCGUUGGCGGCGCUACCUGACAUGGGGAAUCAACAAGGCCGGCGACUAAGUCGAGCCUCAAUCCAAGCGGAAAGCGGCGAGACAGGCUCCACUCUGGCUGAUUCGCUGAAGUUUACACAAUACCAAACUCAAUUGCUACAAACAACAUGGGCGAAACUGAAAUCUACAGCCACGUUCACUCAAGUAUUCAAAUUACUGUGCUUCAAGUCCACUCCAAGCCGAGAGAUGUUUCAAAAGAUGUCUAUUGUGGAAGGGUUUCGAACGAAUCAAUGCUGCGAUCUGAAUAUGCAUGCCAGACUCUUGUGCGAUUUGUUCGACUCAAUUUUGACCGAUCUACAACAAGCGUCGAAGACUGUUCAAGCUCGCUGCAUGGAUAUUGGUGGCUCUCAUGUGCACAUGAACGAAAAGUGUUGCGGAUCAUUAUGGGAUCAAUUGGGAGAAUGUUUAGCUGAAGUGAUAACAAAAGUGGAUUGUGUACGAUCGAAAAGAGAAUGUACGAAAGCUUGGAUAAUGCUUAUAAGCUAUGUGGUAGAUGGUAUGAAAUGUGGCUACAUGGACGAAUGGAAGCGAAAAGCGAGCGGUCGUCUUACGAACGGAUAUCAUACGCUGAAAGUCGAUUCUCCUGGAACACGCUGA